UUGUCACUGUUGUUACUGUUGUCACCGCUGACACCAUUGUCACCGUUGUCACUGUUUUUACCGUUGUCACUGUUGUCACCGUUAUCCUUGUUGUCAUUGUUGUCUCCUUUAUCACUGUUUUCACUGUUGUCACUUUUGUCACCGUUGUCACUUUUGUCAUUGUUGUCACCAGUGUCAGUGUUGUCACCUUUGUCACUAUUGUCACUGUCGUCACCGAUGUCACCGCUGUUACCGUUGUCACUGUUGUCACUCUUGUCACUAUAGUCACUGUUGUCAACGUUGUCACCGUUGUCACCGUUGUCACUGUUGUCACUGUUGUCAGCAUUGUCCCCGUUGUCACAGCUGUCAUUGUUGUCACCAUUGUCACCAUUGUCACUGUUGUCACUGUUAUCAGUGUUGUCAAUGAGGUCACCAUUGUAGCUUUUGUCAUUGUUGUCACCGUUGUCACCGUUGUCACUGUGGUCACCGUUGUCACUGUUGUCAUCGUUGUCACCGUUGUCACUGUUGUCACUGUUGUCACCGCUUUCACUGUUGUCACCGUUCUCACCAUUGUCACUGUUGUCACUGUUGUCACUGUUAUCACUGUUGUGAUUGUUGUCACUGUUGUCACUUUUGUCACAGUUGUUACUCUUGUCACUGUUGUUACCAUUUUCACCGUUGUCACUGUUGUCACCAUUAUCACCGUUGUCACCGUUGACACCGUUGUCACUGUUGUCACUAUUGUCACCUUUGUCACUGUUGUCAUUGUUGUCACCGUUGUCAAUGUUGUCACCGUUUUCACUGUUGUCACUAUUUUCACUCUUUACACUGUUCUCACCGUUGUUGCAGUUGUCACUGUUGUCACCGAUGUCACUUUCGCACUGUUUUAACUGUAGUCGUCGUUGUCACUGUUGUCACUGUUUUCACUGUUGUCUCUAUUUUCGUCAUUGCCAUGUUUUUCACCGUUGUCACUGUUGUCACCAUUGUCGCUGUUGUCACCGUUAUCACCGUUGUUACCGUUGUCACCCUUGCCAUACUUGGCACUGUUUUCACUGUUGUCACCGUUGUCAAUGUCGUCACCGUUGUCGCUGUUAUCACCAUUGUGGCUGUUGUCACUGUUGUCACUGUUGUUACUGUUGUCACUGUUCUUACCAUUUUCACUGUUGUCACUGUUGUCACCGUUUUCACCGUUUUCACCGUUGUCACCGUUGUCACUGUUGUCACCGUUGUCACUGUUGUCAUUGUUGUCACCAUUGUCACUGUUGUCACUGUUGUCAAUGUUGUUACUGUUCUUACCAUUUUCACCAUUGUCACUGUUGUCAUCGUUGUCACUGUGUCACCGUUGUCACUGUUGUCACUGUUGUCACCGUUGUCACCGUUGUCACUGAUGUCACCAUUGUCACUCUUGUCACUUUUGUCACUAAUGUCACUCUUGUUACGGUUGACACUGUUGUCACUGUUGUUACCAUUUUACCGUUGUCAGUGUUGUCACUGUUUUCACCAUUGUCACUGUUCUCAACGUUGUCACUGUUCUCACCUUUGUCAUUGUUGUCAUUGUUGUCACUGUUGUAACUGUUGUUACUGUUGUGAAUGUUGUCACAGUUGUCACUGUUCACAUCAUUGUCACCGUUGUCACUGUUGUCACUGUUGUCUUCAUUGUCACCGUUACCACCGUUGUCACUGUUGUUACUGUUGUCACCGCUGACACCAUUGUCACCGUUGUCACUGUUUUUACCGUUGUCACUGUUGUCACCGUUAUCCUUGUUGUCAUUGUUGUCUCCUUUAUCACUGUUUUCACUGUUGUCACUUUUGUCACCGUUGUCACUUUUGUCAUUGUUGUCACCAGUGUCAGUGUUGUCACCUUUGUCACUAUUGUCACUGUCGUCACCGAUGUCACCGCUGUUACCGUUGUCACUGUUGUCACUCUUGUCACUAUAGUCACUGUUGUCAACGUUGUCACCGUUGUCACCGUUGUCACUGUUGUCACUGUUGUCAGCAUUGUCCCCGUUGUCACAGCUGUCAUUGUUGUCACCAUUGUCACCAUUGUCACUGUUGUCACUGUUAUCAGUGUUGUCAAUGAGGUCACCAUUGUAGCUUUUGUCAUUGUUGUCACCGUUGUCACCGUUGUCACUGUGGUCACCGUUGUCACUGUUGUCAUCGUUGUCACCGUUGUCACUGUUGUCACUGUUGUCACCGCUUUCACUGUUGUCACCGUUGUCACCAUUGUCACUGUUGUCACUGUUGUCACUGUUAUCACUGUUGUGAUUGUUGUCACUGUUGUCACUUUUGUCACAGUUGUUACUCUUGUCACUGUUGUUACCAUUUUCACCGUUGUCACUGUUGUCACCAUUAUCACCGUUGUCACCGUUGACACCGUUGUCACUGUUGUCACUAUUGUCACUUUUGUCACCGUUUACCGUGUCACAGUUAUCACUGUUGUCACCGUUAUCACUUUUGUCACUGUUGUCAUCGUUGCCACUGUUGUCACUGUUGUCACAUUUGUCACCGUUGUCACUGCUGUCACUGUUGUCACUAUUGUCACUGUUGUUACCAUUUUCACCCUUGUCACUGUUUUCACCAUUGUGA